AUGGAAGCUGAGAACGUCUGGUACAACGCUGAGUGUGGAGUUCUACUGCCGACUAUUGAAGACGCUGUUAAGGAGGUCACGACGGUCGCUGGAUCCAGCUAUGCUUCAAGCUGUGGCUAUUUGGAUUGA